GUGCGGCGCCCGGAGGUGACCGAGCGGCUGCGGCGGCUCCUCCGGCUCCAUGUGGCGGGUGGUGGCUGCGCGGGCGGCCCGCGCCGCGGCGGGGGCUGCCGGGGGGCUGCGGGGCUGCCGCCGGCUCAGCGGGGCCGGGCCCGGGCGCGGGGCGGCGCGGGGUUGCGGGGCUGGGCCGUUGGGCCUCGGCCCCGCUCCCCGGCCCGGCGCGCUGCCGCCCGGGCCCGCCUGGCCGCGCCUGGUCCCGCGGCGCCGCUGCAGCCUGCCGGCGCACCAGAAGGUGGCCCUGCCGGCGCUGUCCCCCACCAUGCAGAUGGGCACCAUCGCGCGCUGGGAGAAGAAGGAGGGCGACAAGAUCGGCGAAGGGGAGCUGAUCGCAGAGGUGGAGACAGACAAAGCAACAGUUGGCUUUGAGAGCCUGGAGGAGUGCUACUUGGCCAAGAUCCUGGUGCCAGAAGGAACACGGGACGUUCCUAUUGGGGCCAUAAUAUGUAUCACAGUGGAAAAGCCUGAGCAUGUUGAUGCCUUUAAAAAUUACACUCUGGAUGCUGCAGCCUCAGCCCCCCCUGCAGCCUCAGUGCCUCCCCCUCAAGCUUCAGCUCCCUCCCCACCAGCUCAGCCUUCUCCUCAGGCUCCUGGCAGCUCUUACCCUCCCCACAUGCAGAUCACACUCCCUGCCCUGUCACCCACCAUGACAAUGGGCACAGUGCAGAGGUGGGAGAAGAAGGUCGGGGAGAAGCUGAAUGAGGGAGAUUUACUGGCAGAGAUCGAGACAGAUAAGGCCACAAUAGGCUUUGAAGUGCAGGAAGAAGGCUACUUGGCUAAAAUCUUGGUGCCUGAAGGAACAAGAGAUGUGCCACUAGGAACAGCUCUCUGCAUCAUUGUGGAGAAGGAGUCUGAUAUUCCAGCCUUUGCUGACUACCAGGCCACUGUGGUAACUGACAUCAAGGCACAACCUCCUCCUCCACCACCACCAGUGGUGGCAACUCCAGCUGCUCCUCCUCCUCCCCAGCCUGCUGUUCCUUCCACUCCAGCAGUCCCCACAGCUGGGCCACCUGCCCAGAAAGGAAGGAUCCUGGUUAGUCCCCUGGCAAAGAAGUUAGCAGCAGAGAAAGGAAUUGACCUUGCCCAAGUGAAAGGAACUGGACCAGAUGGUAGAAUCACAAAGAAGGAUGUGGAGUCAUUUGUGCCACCAAAGGUCGCUCCAGCCCCAGCACCAGAGGCAGCUCCUGCAGCUGCUGCUGUUGCAGCAGCACCAGUGGGGACCUUCACAGAUAUCCCCAUCAGCAACAUCCGGAGGGUCAUUGCCCAGAGGCUGAUGCAGUCCAAACAAACAAUACCUCACUACUACCUUUCCAUUGAUGUAAAUAUGGGAGAAGUGCUGGUGCUAAGGAAAGAACUCAAUCAGGUGGUCUCGGAUAGCAUUAAGCUUUCUGUCAAUGACUUCAUCAUUAAAGCUUCUGCUCUGGCCUGCUUGAAGGUGCCUGAGGCAAAUUCCUCGUGGAUGGACACAGUUAUUAGGCAAAACCACGUGGUGGAUGUCAGUGUUGCAGUCAGUACCCCUGCUGGGCUCAUCACUCCCAUCGUGUUUAAUGCACACAUCAAGGGCCUGGCUUCCAUCAGCAAGGAUGUGGCUUCUUUGGCAGCUAAAGCUCGGGAGGGCAAACUGCAGCCUCAUGAAUUCCAGGGUGGGACUUUCACCAUUUCCAAUUUGGGAAUGUAUGGGAUUAAGAAUUUCUCUGCCAUCAUCAACCCACCUCAAGCCUGCAUCCUUGCAGUUGGUUCCUCAGAGAAGAGGCUGGUGCCAGCUGAUAAUGAGAAGGGAUUUGAUGUGGCCAGUGUGAUGUCUGUGACACUCAGCUGUGACCAUCGUGUUGUGGAUGGAGCAGUUGGAGCCCAGUGGCUUGCUGAAUUCAAGAGUUUCCUUGAGAAGCCUGUAACCAUGCUGCUAUAAUCUCAACCAUGCCAGCAAGAUUUUCCUGGGUCACACUGUUUUUGUUUGAAACAAGCUAUUUAGACUUUAGUGUUCAGACUUAUUAAAAGAGUUCCUUUUUUUUUUUUUCCCCCCCCUCCUUUUUUUUUUUUUUUUUAAUUUUAAAUAUGUAUUAUAUUAUCUGGUAAUGUUAUUACCAGUCUGUACAGAAUAACAAAAAAACCAAAAAAAAAAAGUUAAAAAAAGUUUGCAAAAGUGCUUUUCAGAGCAAUAUUACAGCUAUACUGUAUUUUUAUACAGUUGGUUAACUUGCAAACUCCUCCAAAACAAGAGUUCAGCAUCCCAGAUUUACAGGUGAUCCAGGCAGUGUGCAGGCUGCUGCUGAACUAGGGUGAGCAGGGGGUGCAUACAGAGCAGUUGAAUGACCUCAGUGUUCUCAGAAAUUCAAGUGACAAAACAUCUCUUCACAGGAGUUCAGAUGAACUGAAAUGUGCAAGUUAGGAGGUGGUGAAUUCCCUUAUUAUCCUGCUCUCCUGCUGGGGUGGGUGAGUAUCCCGGAUGCACUGAGGGACUGAAGCACCUGGGAAGGGUUUCUCAGAUGCCAAGUGUUAGCAUUCCAAAUCUGCCUUGGAAUUUGGCACUGGGCUGGACCUUCUCAGCUCUGUGAUCCCUUUUGAGCACUUUAAAGUGAGGUGAAAGAGCACGGGUACCUGUGGGGUCACAGCUCUCAGAUCCCACAGGGAAUGUGGUGCCUUCUCCUGGACAUUCACUCAACUUUGCUGUUCCUCUUGCUAAGUUCCCACCAGACUCUGAUGCCAAGGAAGUCACUGUUUUGCAGGAUGUUCAGGAGAAUCUGGGUGUUGGAACCCAAAUAUAGGCAAAUGUUAAUCAUGUGAUGACUUGAAUGUUUGGAAUUUUGUGUGGGUUUUUUUCCAGCCAUUCUAACAUAGGAAACUCCAAGUUAGUCCCUGGUAGUGUGGUUCUUCCCUGAAUUGUCCAUGUUAUCCCAGCCUCAGUGGGCUGCAGAAUGUGCUGUCCAUGUGUGUGUUGUAUGUAAAAAGCUUCAGUGGUUUGUUGGGCUGGUGUCCAGCUACCCCAGCCAUUGUACCCUCAAAGGGGUGCAGUGCUGAACAUUCUGAAAUUCCACUUUCCACAUGGAAAUGCUCAUGUAAAAAGGACGACUGUGCAGUUAUUAUCAAGUGACCAGGAGGAUGAAAUAGGGGGGAAGGAGUUAAAAGAGAACAGCUGAUCUGUUAAUUCUGUAUAUUGCAUUAAAUACUGUCUCCUGUAAAGUUCUACAAAACUCUAAAGAUGUUGAAAGAAAAGACUGUGGGAAUUAAAUAUUUUUGUGGGAACUA